CUUGAGGGAAACCAUCCCCCCUUGUCCCGUAGUAGAUAUAAUCGGCAUUUCUCAUGGCAAACUAUUAGAGCUCAGAUAGCCUAACACCAGCCGACUGGCCCAUUUCAUUGAUUUAGAUUUCUUAUCGGGUCUAGUUCUGGGUUCACCCAACAUUAACUAAGGAUGAUGUCGUUGAGACUCGUUAGCUCGUUGGCCAGCCAAGAUAACCGACAGUUCUGAAUAACCCGAGCCAAUAAGCUCCGGCUUCUUUUUGAAACUCACCUUCUAGCGCUGUAUGAUCUCGUUGCUCGAAACAACCCUCCUCGCCAUAGAUUAUUGCCUCUGCUACGCGCGAUGUCUGACCAGAUAUGUAUUAGAUGUCGCAAGAGAAAAAUCAGAUGCGAUCUACAGCUGCCGUCAUGUAAGAAUUGCAAGCUCGCAGACGUCGAAUGUCUGUUCUGGGAUGACUCUCUCGGUCAGAAGAUUCCAUGCAGCUAUCUUCAUUCACUUCGCCAGAAAGUCCUGGGCCUUAAAAGUCAAAUUGAAACUGCCCAGGAACAAUGUCGUGGGAGUUCGAAUGAUUUGAGAGCGAAUGUCGAGUCUACACAGUCCCUAGAGUAUAGUUAUCAUCUACGCACUUCAGAUUGUGUCAAUCUCAAAUACCAAUCACGUCAAGCCUACCUUGGUCCAGGAAAUUCGGCUCGGCUUAUAGAAAGGCAUUUAAACGAUGCCAUUCACUGGCAUCUCGUUAACAACAUACAAUUACCAAAGAGCCUACUGCCCGAUGAAAUUUCUCAAUUCCCGUUCCUUCAAGAGAUGGCACCUCAUGACAGCAACCUUCUCUGGCCAUAUUCACUGACAUCUGACCAACGGAGAUCGGAGCUUCAUUCACUUGUUCCACCUUCCACACAACGAGCAAUAAUCGAACACUACUUCGAGACUGUAUCACCAGAGUACACGCUAUUGUCUCCUGCGCAAGAAUCGAUGCUACGAGGUCACGAAAAUCCUCUUAGAUGGAGCAGCAUGCAUAAAAAUGACCCAGGUGCGAUGGUUGUCAGCAUUGUCUUCGCUAUCUCAGCUGCACUCAUCACUAGAGAUUUAGAUCCAAGCUUGUCCUAUGUGGCAACGCACUGUAGAGAGGAUUUGCAUAAAGUGCAUCAGAGAGUUGUAUCUCCUAUGGACCCAAUAGAGGCACCAAAGAGGACUUGUAUGACUUUAUGUGGCCUCGUUUUGUGCGAAUUAAUCUGCCCAGUUUCAGGCAAACUAUGGGAUUUACUUGGCAGAGCCAUCUCUACUUUGGAUCAUCUCCAGGAAGCCUAUAGAGUUAUAAAUACAGAACUAGACGAAGACUUUUGGCGAUUAGAACGUUCAUUGUUGAAAUUAGAAAGUUGUGUUGCCUUACAUCUCCGACGCCCUUCUCACUUCUGCGAAAUAAGACUGUGGCACUACCUUGAUGAUUUCUCGACGUCUAAUAAUAUGUCAAAUGAGCUAAAGAUUAUGAGUCAUCUACAUAAUAUAACUCAACGGUUUUUUACACUGACUUUCUAUUCAGAGAGAUUGUUUGAGAAACUUAUUCCUCGGCCUUUGCAGAUAGACUCUAUAGAUUCGGAUAUUGAUAUCCAAUCUGCAACACUAUACGCCGCUCUACAUCCGCUUUUUACCACUACGAACGUUUGGUCGACCGGGAAAUUGGAAGGCCAUUCGUUCAGACUCUUCCAUAUUAUAGCAAGGUCUGCCGCGACAAUCAUUACGCAUAUUGCCUAUCUUAACGAAAAAAAUAAGAUUAUCAGCAUUUGGAUGGCAGCUGAGCGAGUUCUUGAACUUGGGGUUGUUUGGGCUGCUUAUUUAUUGUACCAAAAGACUACCACAACAUCCUCAGAAAAACAUAUUUAUUCAAACAUGGGAAUGAGCACUGCAAUUAGUCCUAUUUUGAAGGUAUCAGCUCUAUUAGCGUCUUUCAACGCACGUUGGAAGAGGGGUUCCGCAUACGUGGCUGUCUGGGAAACAUUCGUGGAAUUACUCUGGAAUAUGCUCUGA